UGGACUAAAUCUGAACCAAAACAGGAAGUACAAAUUCAAUAGAAGUUACUUUUUCGGAAACUUUUAAGAACGAAAACCACUAGAAAAUACUUUAACACACAUUGAUUUACGAAGCUGAAUGAUUUAUAUACGGGAUGUUAUGUGUUACUGCGUUGGAUAAUGAGAUACUUGUAUCGAUGAAGUCAGGAUGGCUCACCUGCUUUGUUUGUUUACAUUGUGAAACAGCUGAGAAGCUAAAGUUAGCCACCUAGCUUGGUAAAAAUCAAGUCAUAUGAGCUGGUAAUUAUCCGGGAGCUUUGCCCUCAUGAAUGAAACUUUACAUCCGUGUAAGAGCCAGCGUGCGUGUACAUAACUGAGGUGUUUGUUUGAGGAUCGGUUACUUUAUGGAAGUGUAAUUAUGCGAAGCUAACCUUUAAUGUUGAGCUUUAUUAGACGAGUCAAAGUGUUUUGUUACUGAAUCAUCCUGCGGCCAGUUUCAAAGGCCUGCCAGCGUCUUCAUGUCAAGAUGCCUUGUUCCUGUGGGAACUGGAGGAGAUGGAUUCGGCCGCUGGUCGUUGUGCUGUACAUUUUGUUGCUUUUAGUCGUCCUGCCAUUGUGUAUCUGGGAACUUCAGAAGUCAGAGGUUGGCACUCAUUACAAAGCAUGGUUCAUCGCUGGGAUAUUUGUCUUCAUGACCAUUCCUAUAUCAUUAUGGGGUAUCCUCCAGCAUCUGGUUCACUACACACAGCCCGAGCUUCAGAAACCUAUCAUCAGAAUAUUAUGGAUGGUCCCGAUCUACAGUUUGGACAGUUGGAUUGCAUUGAAAUACCCCAGUAUUGCAAUUUACGUGGACACAUGCAGAGAGUGCUACGAGGCUUAUGUCAUCUACAACUUCAUGACCUUCUUGCUGAACUACCUGGAAAAUCAGUACCCAAGCCUGGUGUUGAUGCUGGAGGUCCAGGAGCAGCAGAAACACCUGCCCCCUCUGUGCUGCUGCCCGCCCUGGCCGAUGGGAGAGGUUUUACUACAGAGAUGUAAACUGGGAGUGUUGCAGUACACAGUGGUUCGCCCUGUCACAACAGUGAUUGCCUUGAUCUGUCAGCUGUGUGAUGUGUAUGACGAAGGCAAUUUUAGUUCAACAAAUGCAUGGACGUACCUGGUCAUCUUCAACAAUAUGUCCCAGCUGUUUGCCAUGUACUGCCUGGUGUUGUUCUACAGAGCGCUCAGAGAGGAACUGAGUCCAAUCAAACCAGUGGGCAAAUUUCUCUGUGUGAAAAUGGUGGUGUUCGUCUCUUUCUGGCAAGCAGUGUUGAUUGCCUUGCUGGUGAAAGUGGGCAUUAUCUCAGAGAAGCACACAUGGGACUGGAAAAGUGUGGAGGAUGUUGCUACUGGUUUACAGGAUUUCAUCAUCUGCAUAGAAAUGUUCCUGGCAGCCAUUGCUCAUCACUUCAGCUUCACCUACAAGCCUUACAUCCAGGAGGCUGAGGAAGGCUCUUGCUUUGACUCUUUCAUGGCAAUGUGGGACAUCUCAGAUGUCAGAGCAGACAUUUCUGAACAAGUCCGCAAUGUUGGGAGAACAGUCAUGGGUCGUCCGAGGAAGUCUUACUUGGGCGAGGAUGGGAAUGUUGGUGAGAGAUCUGGCCUGCUCUCUCCAGGCUCCCAGGAUGUCAUCACAGAGGCGCUAUCCAACCCUGUGUCACCCAACGGUCAGUACCAGGGCCUGGGCAGGACCCUAACGCCGCACUCUUUGUCGGCUCCUGCUGGGCUCAGUUCAGCCCCGUGGGAUGAAGGAUAUGAGGCUCGACCUGAAGAAACCCCGGAGGAAGUACCAUCCGACCAAACCAAAGAACCAGCGGAAGGAGAUCUGAUCGUGAUCACCUAGCCGAGCAUCCCGGCUUACCACAGACUCUACCAGACAUGGUUGGGCAGGACCCAAACACAGACUUCCCAUUUUUAAGUCAGACAUCACUGUACUGAUAAACUUUUCAAAAUGGCAAGCCGAGUAAAAGUAGAAGUUUCCUAACAAAUGUUAAAUCAGAAGGACCUCUCUGCCAGUGACAGCUGUAAGAAUGUUGAAGUGAGGUUAUGGCAGUAAGUGAGAGUUAUGUGGCUCAGCACUCGUGCCAGAAUGGUUUGAGUUCAUUUGACUAGGAAAGCCUUUAGAUAUAUUUUUUGUCAUUUUAGUCAUAUCACAAUGUCAGCUGUGACAGAUGGGUGGUACAAAAAAAUAUGCAACUUUAAAAACAAUUUCUUUUAUCUUGGUUUAUAGUGUUUUUAGAGGAUAUUGUUGAAAAACAGUGUAAAUCUGCAAUGUAAGAAGCACAUUAAAUGUCCAGAUCUUAAUUAUUUUUUCUCAAGGGGGUAAAAAAAGGAUAUUCUAAAAGAGCUGAAGCAACAAAUAUCUGGAGUGUACAGUUAGGACUUCAAACAAGCAGGUGGGAGCUUUGCACAUGAUGUCAGACAGUAUGACAACACCACAGGGUCCAUACACAAUGUUUUCCCUGUGGGUAGAUACGGGCAAGUAUCAAAACAACACUGAUUCAGUUUCACACUGCACAAUCAGCACAUUUGAGUAAAUUCAUAUCAGUGCUUGACCGCAUACAGAUCACUCUGUUGUGUUUAGUUGAAAUGUAUCAACUAGUUUUCUCAGAUGCCUUUUUCAAUGUGCAGGCCAUCCACUGCAUCAGCGUUAAUAAUCCAGGGUCAAUUACUUUGUGUUACUGAAUGAGAUGUUCUCCACCGUUUUUAGUCUUUAGGUCAAAACAACUUUGCAGUUACUGCACCUAAGCCAUUUUGUUUUUCUGUUAGAUUUUUUUUCUGACUGCUUUGGUUUGAGCAGGGAAACGGAAAUGUUUAAUCUACAAUGUAUCAGUUUGUGUCAGAAAAUACACAAAUGUAUCAAAAUGCAUCAAAUCAGCAGCAUAAUGCACAUCAUGUCCAGCUAGAGAAUGGUGUAUUGCCUUACAUUAUGAUUUUAUUUUUCUAAAUAUAGCUGACAGGAUCACAGCUGAAGAUGUUCCACAUUUUCUUUUAAUCCAUCCCUGACAGUCGUCUCAAUAAAUCAGAUUAACUCCA